AUCAUUUCUUGCUUCCUGUCUGCACCUCUUGCCACAUCCUUUUCUUGUACAGAGUACAGAGAGGCUGUCAACAGUUGAGACGCUCACACAUUUCCUGCAUCUCAACAUUUCACGCAUCAAGAACUAUUAGAGCUCAUCUACAACCAUGGUGAGCUUCUGUCCUAUAUGUGGGAAGCCUGUUUAUUUCGGUGAGAAGAAGAGGUCACUGGGGCGCGAUUAUCACCCGCUGUGUUUGAAGUGCCACAAGUGUAAAAGACAGUUAACACCCGGUCAGCAUGCAGAGCACGAUGAGAAGCCAUUCUGCACUAACUGCUUCAUGAGAGAUUUUGGGCCAAGAGCAGGUAAUCGAGGACCUGCAGUGAUUCGGACCUACACAGCUUCAUCUUGAAAGAGAUCUUUCAGUCUUGAGAAACACACAGCAUUUCCAUCUACAACAGCAAAAACAACAACAGCACACCUACCAAAUCUUCUUCACACUGAGACCCACAACAAACCACUGGAAAGUAUUCCCCAGCUGAUCUCUCCUAACCACAGAACUACACACAACUCCACCCUCAUACAGCCAUUCAUCAGAAACUCACAAAAAUAGCUGUAACCUACCGAACAUCCAUCCAUGCUGACAUUCUCAUCUGCUACAUGAGCUGAUAUUAUUAUAUGUCUACAGUUAUGCCAGUUGAAUACAAAAUUAUAAGUAAAUGUAAAUUAUUUCAGAAA